AUGGAGCCUGCAGCUCUGGAUUUCUUUCGUGAGUUGCUCAAAGCCCCCAGUCCCUCGGGCUACGAACAGCCGGCCCAGGACGUGGUUCGCAAGUAUGUGGAGAGCUUCGCCGACGAAGUCGCCACCGACCUGCACGGCAAUGUGAUCGCCGUCAAAAACCCGGGCAAGAAACUGAAAACGAUGCUCGCCGGGCACGCCGAUCAAAUCGGUCUGCUCGUGCAAUACAUCGACGACAAAGGUUUCAUCUCCGUACAGCCCAUCGGCGGCUGGGACCCGCAACAACUCAUCGGGCAGCGGCUCGUCAUCUGGUCUUCCAAAGGUCCCGUGCUGGGCGUCAUCGCCCGCAAGCCGAUCCAUCUGCUCAACGACGAAGAACGCAAAACCGUCGUCAAGAUGGAGAACCUCUGGAUCGACAUCGGCGCCAAAGACAAAGAAGAAGCCAGCGAGCGCGUCCGGGUCGGCGAUCCGAUCACGUUCGAACUGGGCAUGCACGAACUCAAUGGCCCCAUUGUCUGCGGUCCGCAGAUGGAUAACAAAACCGGGCUAUGGGUCUGCAUCGAAGCCCUCCGUCGGGCCAGCAAGCAGAAACUCCGCACGUCGGUCUACGCCGUAUCAACCGUAGCCGAAGAGAUCGGACUCCGCGGAGCCCAAACCAGCUCUUACGGUAUCGAUCCACAGAUCGGCAUCGCGGUCGACGUCACCCACGCCACCGAUUGCCCCACAAUCGACAAGAAGCAAGAAGGCGACGUCAGCAUCGGCGGCGGGCCGGUCGUGUACCGGGGCCCCAACAUGAAUCCCGUCGUGUUCGACCGCUUGGAGAAAGUGGCCAACGAUCAGGACAUCCCCUUCCAACUCGGCGCACUAAGUCGUGCAUCACCCACCGACGCCAACGCCCUGCAAGUCAGCCGAGCCGGGGUCGCCGCGGGACUCAUUAGCAUUCCCAACCGCUACAUGCACAGCUCGGUGGAAGUCAUCUCCUUGGAAGACAUCGACAAAGCCGCCGACCUGCUCGCCGCCUUCGUCGUCGACCUGGACGAAAAAGACGACUUCACGCCGGCUCUACAGACCUUAUCAGGGUCCAAAGAAGAGGUCUACCUGCCAAUUCGUGACGGAAGCGUUUCGGAGCGGCUGCUUCGAAGUACCAACAAUAAAUCGGCCAUUUACACCAGACAGACCGAGGAGAUCACUGUGGCGAAGCGGAUUGUGUUCGAUGAGGAGGCACGGCAGCCACUGCUGGCGGGCGUAAGCAAGCUGGCCCGCGUCGUGCGAAGCACACUAGGCCCCCGAGGCCGCAAUGCGGUGCUCGAUAAGGGUUGGGGCUCACCCAAGGUCACCAAAGACGGCGUGACCGUCGCCGAAGACAUCGAGCUGGAAGACCCCAACGAGAACCUGGGUGCUCAGCUCGUUAAGGAAGCCGCCAGCAAGACCAACGACGUCGCUGGCGACGGCACCACCACGGCCACCGUAUUGGCCGAGGCCAUCUACCGCGAAGGCCUGAAGAUGAUUGCCGCGGGUGCCGAUCCCAUGGCCCUUUCGCGUGGCAUCCACAAAGCCACCGAAGUGCUCAUCGAAGCCAUCGGCAAGCUGGCCUCGCCGAUCGACGCCAAGAGCAAGAAAGAAAUCACCCAAAUCGCCACCAUCGCCGGCAACAACGACGCCACCAUCGGCGAAGUCUUAGCCGAGGCCUUCUUGAAGGUUGGCAAGAACGGCGUGAUCACCGUCGAAGAAGGUCGUCAGACCGAGACCGUGGUCGACAUCGUCGAGGGUAUGCAGUUCGAUCGCGGCUAUCUCUCGCCGCAUUUCGUCACCGACCAGGACGAGCAAACCGUCAAGCUCGAAAACGCCCUGGUGCUGAUCUACGAAGAGAAGAUUUCCAACGCCAAGAACCUGGUGCCCGUGCUCGAGGCCGUCAGCAAGGCCAACAAGCCGCUGUUGAUCAUCGCCGAAGACGUCGAAGGCGAAGCCCUGGCCACCUUGGUGGUGAAUAAGAUGCGAGGCAUCCUUAACGUGUGUGCCGUGAAAGCCCCCGGCUACGGCGAUCGCCGUAAGGCCAUGCUGGGCGACCUCGCGGUGCUCACCGGCGGAACGGCCAUCUUCAAAGACCUGGGCAUCGCCCUGGACGCCGUCAAGCUAUCCGACCUGGGUAAGGCCAAGCGUCUGACCAUCACCGCAGACAACACUACGGUUGUUGGUGGUGCUGGCAAGAAGGAUGAAAUCGAAGGUCGCGCCGAGCAGAUUCGCCGCGAGAUCGAAGUGACCGACAGCGAAUACGACCGCGAGAAGCUGCAAGAGCGGUUGGCCAAGCUCGCCGGCGGUGUCGCCCAGAUCAACUGCGGUGCCGUGACCGAAACCGAAAUGAAAGAGCGUAAGGCCCUCAUCGAAGACGCCCGCGCCGCGACUCAGGCCGCUUUGGAAGAAGGCAUCGUCCCCGGCGGCGGUGUGGCCCUCAUUCGCAGCGAAAAGGCCCUCGACAAGCUCGACCUCAAGGGCGACGAAGCGAUGGGUGCCCGCAUCAUUCGCAACGUGCUCGAUCACCCGCUGCGUUGGAUUGCCGAGAACGCCGGCCUCGACGGUGCGGUGGUCGUCAAUCGCGUGCGUCAGCUCAAGGGUAAGAACGAAGGCUACGACGCCGACAAAGAUGCCUACGGCGAUAUGGUCGCUGCCGGAAUUAUCGAUCCCGCCAAGGUCGUCCGCACGGCUCUGCAAAAUGCCGCCAGCGUGGCCGCCUUGCUGCUCACCACCGAACUGCUCGUGACCGACAUCCCCGUGGAAGACGACGGCGAUGGCGACCAUCACCAUGACGACCACGGCAUGGGUGGUAUGGGCGGCAUGGGUGGAAUGGACAUGGGCGGUAUGGGAGGCAUGGGCGGCAUGGGAAUGGGUGGCAUGGGAGGUAUGGGCGGCAUGAUGUAA